ACAGAAUAAUAUUUUUUAGUUUGUUAGCCUAAGUAACAAAACCACCUAGAAGCUCUUCCAAUGUUACGUACCUUGACGGUAAACUUUAUAAGAUGCCGGCAGACUUUUAUUGCUGAUUCAUUAGGCAAAUCCGGUCGCAAGUCGAUUGUCACAGCUACCACACAGUUUAAAGGAACUUCUCCAACUUCAGCAGAAAUAGUUAAGGAAAUGGCUACUAUAGAUAAAUCAAAUUUUCUUCUACCAAAUCACCAGACAUUUGUAGAGCUUGAUUGUUCUCAAGCCUUUAACAAUUUGACAAACCAAGAAAAGUUGUAUGCCCAUUACUUGAGUCAGUCUGCAUGGAAUGGUGGGCUUAUUGUUCUCGUACAAACCAGUCCUGAAUCUCCUAAGAUCUUUUCUUUGCUGCAUAGGAUAUUUGUUGCGGAACCCUUGGGAGAUUUGAAGGCAUCUGCUUUGAAAGCUGGAGCUUCUGAAAAUGACUUUCAGGCAUUUCUCAUAUACGCCAGUGGUUUGUUCGGUAACAGUGGCAACUACAAGGGAUUUGGGGAUACAAAAUUCAUUCCUAACCUGCCUCAGGAAUCAUUCGAGAAAAUUGUAAAAGCCUCAAAGGCAUAUGAAAAUGACACGACACAUAUCAUGAAGCUGUGGCAGAAUACACAGAAUGCUAUUUAUAGUUUAGAACCGAGACUGACUAGCUUAGGGCUGGCAGAUAAAGGAAUAACUACAUAUUUUUCAAGUAAUUGCACUGAGGCUGAUUCAAAUCUAGUGAAUGAUUGGAUGAAGGCUAAGAGAAUAGAGGGUUACAUUUGUCGAACAUUCAAAACAAAAGCUGAAGACGGAUUACCAUUAUACACAAUUCGCUUGGCGAGCGUUGAGACCACAUCCAAACCACCUUUGACCAUGGAAAAGGAAAAAUACAAGAACGCGUACUUUCAAGUAACGCGAGGGGACUAUUCUCCACUGCUAAGGAUUGUCAACGAUCAUUUGUCUAAAGCUAAGGAAUAUGCCGCCAAUGACAAUGAGAGGAACAUGCUCAAACAUUACAUAAACAGCUUCAAGGAAGGCAGUUUGGAUGAACAUAAGGAAGGCAGCAGAUUUUGGAUCAAGGAUAAGGGACCUAUCAUUGAAACGUAUCAAGGCUUCAUAGAGACGUACCGUGACCCGAGCGGGCAGCGGGGCGAAUUCGAAGGCUUCGUGUCUAUGGUGAACAAGGAAAUGUCCAAGAAGUUUGGUACGCUCGUCGACGGCGCUGAAGGAUUCCUUAAGCUGCUUCCCUGGGGACAAGACCUGGAGAAAGAUACCUUUCUGAGACCAGACUUCACCAGCCUGGAUGUGCUGACAUUCUCAGGCAGUGGCAUUCCGGCUGGAAUUAACAUUCCUAAUUACGACGAAAUUCGUCAAAACGAGGGCUUCAAGAAUGUGUCCCUGGGGAACGUGAUCCCGGCGGCGUACAAAGAGUCCGUCAUCCCGUUCCUGUCGGACGCGGACAAGCAGCUGCUCGAGAAAUACAGGGUCCCGGCUUUUGAGGUGCAAGUAGGCCUCCACGAGCUCCUUGGUCACGGAAGCGGCAAACUGCUGCGGCAGAAUGCUGACGGCACAUUCAACUUUGACGAGAAGAAGGUCAAGAACCCGCUCACUGGCAAGCCGAUCACAUGUUGGUACUUAGAAGGCGAGACAUACGACAGCAAGUUUACAACGCUGGGGUCUGCCUUCGAGGAGUGCCGCGCCGAAGCUGUUGGAUUGUACCUCUCGCUCAGGCCAGAGAUACUCAAGAUCUUCGGACAUGAAGGGCAAGAGGCGGAAGAUGUGAUGUACGUGAACUGGCUGAGCUUGUUGUGGAACGGCGCCGCUAAAGCCACGGAGAUGUAUCAGCCCGCCACACAGACAUGGCUUCAGGCACACGCGCGAGCGCGUUUCGUUCUGUUGCGGCUGUUGGAGCUGGAGGGCGACGGCCUGCUCACCAUGUCGGAGCCCGAGCCCAAUAAGAAUCUGCUGCUCACUUUAAAGAAGGAACGUCUGCGCACUGAUGGCAAGAGAAUUAUAGGCGAGUUCCUAGUGAAGCUGCAAACGAUAAAAGCGACCGGCGACGUAUCAGCGGGCGAGGAACUGUUCAACCGCUACAGCCGGCUGGACGGCCCGUGGUCGCGGUGGCGGAACAUCGUCCUGAUGCACAAGCAGCCAAGGAACAUUUUCGUACAACCCAACACUCGGCACAAAGGUGAGACGACGGAGUUGCGCCGAUAUCCGGCGAGUGCUGAAGGCAUGAUCUCCUCGUGGGUGGAACGGUUCCCGCGCACGGACAUCGACGAUAUACUAGAACAGCUGGCGGAAGCCGACAGAGAACAUUUCGCAGAUCUACAUGCAUGAUUGUUUUAACGAGUAAUAAAUAAGAAUUCGCA